AUGGAGCACUCUGUUACUUUACGUCUGUGGCAGCGCGCUAACCCGCUGGGACCGCACAGACUGAUGAGGCGGUGGGGAAAACGCGCGCCCGGAUUCUCGCAGCGUUUUUCGCAGCAGCUCCAUGACAGCAGCUUGAGCGCCUUUCGCCCGCACCGCGCGGCCGCGGCGCCCCCCGCCCUCCGCGGGAGCGCUCGGGGCGCGGAUGGGGGCGGAGCGCCCGCUCCCGCCCCGCCCCGCUCACGCCCCCCGGCUCCCUCCCGUUCCCCGCUUCCCUCCCUCGCUCGCUGGGUGCCGCCGGCGCUGGCGGAGCAGCAGGCGGGCGGGAUGGCGGCGCGGGUGCUGCUGCUGCUGCUGGCGCUGUCCUGUGCGGUGCUCGCUGCCCGCGGGGCCGCGGCGGAGCCGGCGGCGGGGGCCGCCAGCCGGCGGCGGCGGCUGAGCUCCGAGGAGGGCAUCUCCUUCGAGUACCACCGCUACGCCGAGCUGCGGGAGGCGCUGGUGGCCGUGUGGCUGCAGUGCCCCGCCAUCAGCAGGAUCUACACGGUGGGGCGCAGCGCCGAGGGCCGGGAGCUCCUGGUCAUCGAGAUCUCGGACCGCCCCGGCGAGCACGAGCCCGGAGAGCCAGAAUUUAAAUAUGUUGGGAAUAUGCAUGGGAAUGAAGCUGUUGGAAGGGAGUUGCUCAUCUUCUUGGCACAGUACCUGUGUAAUGAAUACCAGAAAGGGAAUGAUACCAUUAUCAACUUGAUCCAUAGCACACGUAUCCAUAUCAUGCCAUCUUUGAACCCAGAUGGCUUUGAGAAGGCAGCAUCCCAGCCUGGUGAGCUGAAAGACUGGUUUGUUGGUCGAAGCAAUGCCCAGGGGAUAGAUCUGAACCGAAAUUUCCCCGACCUUGAUAGAAUAGUUUAUAUUAAUGAGAAAGAAGGUGGCCCAAACAACCAUCUUCUGAAGAACAUGAAAAAAGCUGUGGACCAGAAUCCCAAGCUUGCUCCUGAAACAAAGGGUGUCAUUCACUGGAUUAUGGAUAUUCCCUUUGUGCUCUCUGCCAAUCUUCAUGGAGGAGACCUUGUUGCAAACUAUCCUUAUGAUGAGACUCGGAGUGGCAGCGCUCAUGAAUACAGCUCCUGCCCUGAUGAUGCUAUUUUUCAAAGCCUGGCUCGCAGUUAUUCUUCCUUUAACCCUGCCAUGUCUGACCCGAACAGACCACCGUGCCGUAAAAAUGAUGAUGACAGCAGCUUUGUGGAUGGAACAACUAAUGGUGGCGCGUGGUACAGCGUCCCAGGAGGAAUGCAGGAUUUCAAUUACCUCAGCAGCAACUGCUUUGAAAUCACAGUGGAGCUGAGCUGUGAAAAAUUCCCACCUGAAGAAACUCUGAAGGGCUACUGGGAGGACAACAAGAACUCUCUUAUAAAUUACAUUGAGCAGAUUCAUCGAGGAGUGAAGGGGUUUGUUAAAGAUCUUCAGGGCAAUCCAAUAGCAAAUGCUACAAUUUCUGUGGAGGGGAUAAGCCAUGAUGUUACAUCAGCCAAGGAUGGUGAUUACUGGAGAUUGCUUGUGCCUGGAAAUUACAAAGUUACAGCCUCGGCACCAGGCUAUCUAGCAAUAACUAAAAAAGUGGCUGUGCCCUUCAGUCCUGCUGUUGUGGUUGAUUUUGAGCUGGAGUCAUUGUCUGAAAGAAAAGAAGAGGAAAAAGAAGAGUUGAUGGAGUGGUGGAAGAUGAUGUCAGAAACACUAAAUUUUUAAAUGAUGACUUUGGCUUUACAGCUUUUAAUCUAUUAUAUGUUGACUUAGUAUAAUGUACUGUGGAAAAUCCCUAUAUUCUAGAUUUUGUGCACUUCACAAUAAUUAACUUUGAAUUUUUCAGUCAUCUUUUGAUUAAUAUGAUUACAAAUAACUACUAGCCUCCUAGAUAGAUAAAUAAGUUAUUAAUUUUCUUUCAUAUUGUUAUAGAAAAUUUACUCUUCUAUAAAAAUCAGAAAAAAUGAAUGAAUAUGCAGCCUAUAUGACAGUAAAAUCUGUUGUGUAUUAUUUGCAAGUUCAGAAUAUGUAGGUUAACACUUGAUUUUAAAAAAUAAAUAUGCUGUAGUUGAUUACUGAUACUACCAGAAAUAUUUGACAGUGCAUAGUAGUAGACAGUGCUCUUUACUGAGUUCUAUAAUGGAUGCUAUUGAAAAGAUUUAUAAUAACAGUGUGUGGUGAAAUAAUGUUUUGCAAGGAUUAAAAUUCAGUAUAACACUU